CAACUGUCUUGCAUGUUCUUCACAUGUACCCCAAAACCUAAAAUGCAAUUAAAAAAAAAUUUUGUGGGGUCGUUCCACUCAAAUUAUUUAUACUUUCUCUUUUCUUUUUUAAAGAAACGGGGUUUCACUGUGUUGGCCAGGCUGGUCUUGAACUCCUGACCUCGUGAUCCACCCGCCUCGGCCUCCCAAAGUGCUGGGAUUAUAGGCGUGAGCCACCAUGCCCGGACCCCUAUAUAUGCUUGUAAAUUUCAUUUUAAAGAAAACUCACGUGGGACUAUUAGCAUUCACCAGCAUAUUAGAGGACAAAAGAAAAGGAAGUAGUAGAUGUAAACAGAGGGGAAAUCCAGAAGGUGGGGCAGUGUCCGGUUUCAGGCUUGAUGUGUUAAUAUUUAUGGCUGAGGCAUGUGGUCCGUGCUGCAUGACUCUCAGUACCCUAGGGCAACCUUCCUGCAGCUGUCUCUGAGGCCAGCGUCUCCUAAGUGAGAACCUGUUCGAUUUGCGAGGGUACUUUACAGGCACUUGGUGUUCUGGGCCCUGAUGUGUCAGCCCUUCUUUAGCUGUUCUUCACCGUAUCGGGGGCAUUCCUCACUCCUCCAUCGCCUAGCCGUCCCGUGGGCUGCAUUUUAAUGGCAGAGGAGGCAAGGGACAGGCCUUAGCCUGGGCCCCACUCUGAUCCUUUGGUCCAGGCGCGGAAAAGGGCGUCUGGACUGAACUCCGGAGGUCCCCUGAUUUGUUGGAGGCCUGGCUGCCUCUGUGGGGCUGCGGUGACCAUCAGCGGGGUGCCCAACAAAAGGGAGAAGGCACAGUGCAAAAUACAGGUGCCAGGCAGAGGGGAAGUUGAGGCUUCGCCGCCGAGCGCCUUGCGGCCACCGUCCCAGACCCAGGCCUAGUCAACCGCGCUCACGGUUCCCUAACUUUGGGGCUAAUGCUCCUCUGAAGUAAAAACCCUAAAAACCAGGAACUGUGAGAUUAGACUUCUCUUUCAAAUUGUAACUUUUCUAAAAACCCUGCAUCUGGACGCCGGCCACUCCCUUGCCAUUGGCAACCUGGGGCACCUGCGGAGGCAAUUAGACUCUGCAUAGGGAUGACAGGGAUGCCUCCCGGAAGUCCCGCCCCCGGACGUGAGCCUGGACGGCUGGGCGGGAAAGCCGUUGGGCGUCGUGGCAGUGGGCAGUGAGGAAGAAAGGGCGAACGCCGUCGUGGGAGGGUAGAGGUCAGGUUCCCUCCUGCGCGUUCGGGUCCUGCCUUACUGCUCCUGAAAACUCCGUAUGUUAGUGCCUGUGGAAGGCGGGUUGGGCCGGCCAGGAGGCCCUACUGCCUCGUCAGGCCCUUGUUAGCCCACAUGAGGAGAAGGGUAGAGUUGGGGGAAGGGCCCUUAUGGGCAGGUGCCAGGCCCCGGCUGUAGUCCCCACAGCCCUUGGCGGGAAGAGACAUUUAUCACGCACCAUUUAGAGGUGUGUAGAGCCUGGCAGUAUUCGCCCCGAAUUCACGUCCGACUACCUAGGCUCCUCCCCACGUGACUCUGAUGUGUGGAGACGGUGGGACCCACCGGUGAGGUAGUUUCUCAGAGUCAGGGCCGGGCCGCGCGUCCCACAGCACCUGAGUGGGGAGGGCCUGCUGAGGGGGCUGAUGGCCCGAGUGGCCCGCGCCGCCAACCAGUGCCCUGCUCCCGCGCAGGACUUGCGAGCCCUGGUCGGAGAGGAGCCUGGAGGGGCCACCUAAGCGCUGCACAAGGAAUUCUUCCAACUCUGUAGAGACGGGGUUUCACCAUCUUGGCCAGGCUGGUCUCGAACUCCUGGCCUGAAGUCAUCCACCCACCUUGGCCUCCUAAAGUGCUGGGAUUACAGGUGCGAGCUACUUUGCCCUGUCUGCUAAAAACUUUUGAUAUACAUUUCCUAAAUCAGAUGAAAUAUAAGGAAAAAGAAUACAGACAAGCAUGGAAAGUGAAGACACAAAGAAAACACAAGAAAUGAAGACUGACCUGAACUUACUAUUGGAGUGUCUAAAGCAUCAAAUGGACAAUGCUUUUUCACAAAAGGAAGCUUUGGUCACUAUUCAUUCAAUUUGUCAACAAAACAGUAACGCAAGUAUUUAUUUUCGGGAAAUUGGUGGUUUGAUGUUUGUAAAAAAUCUUGCAAAGUCAAGUGAACAUAGCAUGGUAAAAGAAGCAGCCUUAUAUACAUUAGGAGCUAUCGCAGAAAAAAAUGUUUACUGUCAACAGACUUUGUGUACUUCAGAGUUGUUUGAAGACUUAACUUGGUUCUUAUCUAAUGAUUCAAACAUAAAUUUGAAAAGAAUGUCUGUUUAUGUUAUUUUGGUUCUGGUUUCAAAUAACAGGACUGGACAAACACUUGUGAGAGAAACAGGUUGUAUUACAGUUCUGUCACGGUUAUUCAGGACACUUCUUUCAAAACAUGAGUUGGAUUUGUCAGAUAAAAAUGUUUUCCAGAGUUAUCAGUUAUGGUCUUCAGUAUGUAGUACUCUGUGUGUCUGUGUCAACAAUCCUCAAAAUGAUGAGAAUCAAAUGUUUUGCUGUUCACUUUUUCCACAUGCUAAUGAGUGGCUAAAAAAUUGCAUGAAACCUGAAAUAAUUCGCCCUAUUUGCUCAUUUAUUGCACUCACUCUUGCAAAUAACACAUAUGCUCAGAAAUACUUUAUAUCUGUGGGUGGACUGGAUGUAUUGGCACAAGUUCUCAUGCAACUGGAAUCUGAUUCACAUGAGACUCUUUCCAGUGCUAAACUUGCAGUGGUUGUGACAAAGACCGUGGAUGCAUGCAUUGCUGAUAAUCCUACUUUUGGGAUAGUACUCUGCAAGUACCACAUUGUUUCAAAACUUCUGGCAUUACUGCUUCAUGAAAGUCUGGAUUCAGGAGAAAAAUUCAGCAUCAUGCUCACUCUUGGUCAUUGCACAGAGGAUUGUGAGGAAAAUCAGUAUGACCUGUUUAAGCACAAUGGCCUUCCACUCAUGAUUCAAGCCUUAACUGAAUCUCAGAAUGAGGAACUGAACAAAGCUGCCACAUUUGUGCUUUACAACUGCAAAAAAAUUACUGAGAAAUUAUCUCUCAGUCUAGGAGAAUAUCCUUUUGAUGAAAAUGAAGCACAGCAAUUAAAGGACAUAAAUGUGAAUGAGAAGAAUUUCGAAGAGCACUGGAAGAAAGCAAAGGAAAUUCUCCACAGAAUAGAACAGCUUGAAAGAGAAGGAAAUAGGGAAGAAAUACAAAGAGAAAACUAUCAGGAUAAUAUUUCAUCUAUGAAUGUAAGUAUUCAGAACACAUGGAAAAAUCUCCAUGGAGAUCAUAUUGGUCGAGGUACCAAAGCAGAAGACAAGGAUAAAAGCCAUUUUGGACAGCUUCAGAGUUAUAAGUCCCAUGGAGUCAUGUCUAAAGCAUGUACAAAUGAUGACCAAAUGAAGACAACAUUAAAGAGUGCAAAUCCAGUUCAUGCUUGUUAUAGGCAGAGUGAGCGAAAUAAGACUUUAUAUAAAGCCAAGUCAAGCUGCAAUCAAAACUUACAUGAAGAAACUUUUGAAAAUAAUUUUGCUUCUCAAUCAAGUGACCAUGUUUUUAAACAUCCAGUUCACAUUACCAAAAACAUAAAGCAGCAGUUACCAGUAACAGAUCCAUUUACAUUAUGUUCAGAUAUAAUAAAUAAAGAAGUAGUCAGUUUUUUAGCAACUGACAGUUGUUCCAAAAUAUUGACAUAUAGGUGCUCAGGUUGCAUAGCAGUAGAAAAAUCCCUGAAUAGCCGAAACUUUAGCAAGCUCUUGCACUCUUGCCCAUACCAAUGUGAUCGUCACAGAGUCAUUGUGGAAGCUGAAGACAGAUAUAAAAGUGAACUAAGGAAAUCACUUAUCUGUAACAAAAAAAUUCUCCUGACCCCAUGUAGAAGACGACGACUCAGUAAUGAAUCUACUACCCCUGGAGGAAUAACAAGGACGGAAGGCUGUGGACCUUGCUCACAAAUACCACAAGCUGACCAAACGCCCCGAGUGUGCAGCUUCUUGAUUGGAAGAAGACUGUCAGUUUUUAGUUUGGAUUCUUAAAAUACAGUGCCUUGAAAGAUACAACCUUACAUUUAAAGUAUUUUUCUAAACUCUCAUGAGAAGGAAUGUGGAAAUGAGGAUACAGUUUUCAUUAAACAGUUUUGUGAUGCUGAAACUCACCAAAUUAUUACAAUGAUUUAUAAAGCAAAUAUAUUUUCAGUAUACAGAUUAAUAAGAUAAAAUUCCUUCAUAAGAUCAAAUAUUUGUUUAGGAAUAUGCUUUUAUUUUUCCUUAAGCUUAAAGGACAUAGAGAAAAGAAUGAUGAACCUUUAAAUGUUAUUUGGCAUUAUGUUGCAAUAAAUACUAUGUGAGACAUUUGGAUUUUGGCAUUUUUACACUGUGCAAAUGUCCCUCCCCAGAAUUCAGAAAGUAUAGUUUCCCAAGCUAUUUAAGGUUCCCACAUACUAAAUUAAUAUUUGCCAUUUUGUUAAUUAAAAUAUUUCCUUGGCUGUAGUGGUGGCUCACAUUUGUAAUCCCAGCACUUUGGGAGGCCAACAUGGGAGGAUUACUGAGGCAAGGAGUUUAAGACCAGCCUGGGCAACAGACCCCCAUCUUUACAAAAAAUUUAAAAAUUAGCUGGAUGUGGCGGCAUGCCUCUGUGGUUCUAGUUACUUGAGAGUUCAAGGUUGUAGUUAGUUAUGAGUGUUUCCCUGUACUCUAGCCUGGACAAGGGAGCGAGACCCUGUCUCUUUAAAAAGUUUCCGUAUUGUUUACUGUAGUAAACAAUAUUCUUCUAAAGGCUAAUUGCGAUGUUGAUUUGAAUACUCCCACAUUGUAUAGUCAGGUUCACUUCUUUUUGGUGUGUAUUUGGUUUAGCUUUUUAGAAGUGGCUACACUUUCCCUUCUCUCUAGAUAUCUUUAUCCUUCAUAUUGAUGAGCCCAAGUAUGUCACGUCCCCUUAUGAGUUUAGUCACUGACCACUGGACACCUCUGUCUUUGCAAAAUGUGUCCAGAAAUGUCACCCUAAGAAAUCAGCCUGACUGGCAUGGGGGGCUAGCUUCUUUGUUAGCAUCAGUGAGGUUUUAUGGGUUCUACCCUAAAAGGCUUCUUGGCAUUCUACAUGACCAAUUCUCAGAUUAUAGUUAAUAUAGUAAUGACUUUUGGACUGUAAUUUUUAUUACUUUCAAACAAUUUCCUAUCCCGUUCCUAUGCAUUUUUUUCUCUUUUUAGACACAGUCUUGCUCUGUCGUCCAGGCUGGAGUACAGUGGUGCGAUCUCGGCUCACUGCAGCCUCUGUCUCCUGGGGUCAAGUGAUUCUUGUGUUUCAGCCUCCCAAGUAGCUGGGAUUACAGGUGCAUGCCACCAUUCUUGGCUAAUUAUUUUUUUUGUACUUUUAGUAGAGAUGGGGUUUCACUCUAUUGGCCAGGCUGGUCUGGAACUCCUGACCUCAAGAGAUCUACCAGCCUUGGCCUCCCAAAGUGCUGGCAUUACAGGCAUGAGCCACCGCACCUGGUCUUCCUAUGCAUUUUUUUAAAACCCUUCCACAGGACUUUAGUAGUUCCUGCUAAAUUUCAUCUUGUUAGAUUUAGUUUCUGAUGGCACCCUGACUUGGCUAGCCAGGGCAGUAGGUUUGGGCAGGCCCCUAGCAGCCUUUUUUGCUGGUCCCUCCUUUUCAUCUCUGGGCUAGUCUUUGUUUUUUUAUUUUAUUUAUUUUUAAGACAGAGUCUUGCUCUGUCACCAGGCUGGAGUGCAGUGAUGUGAUCUCAGCUCACUACAACCUCCACCUCCUGGGUUCAAGCAAUUCUCCUGCCUCAGCCUCUUGAGUAGCUGGGACUACAGGUGUGCACCAGCACGCCCAGCUAAUAUUUGUAUUUUUAGUAAAAACAGGGCUUCACUAUGUUGGCCAGGAUGGUCUCAAUCUCUUGACAUUGUAAUCCAUCCGCCUUGGCCUCCCAGAGUGCUGGGAUUAUAGGCGUGCGCCAUCAUGCCUAGCUGGGCUAGUCUUUAAUAAGCCUCAAUGCCAUCAUCCAGCCUCCAUUUCACUUUCUCAUCUAAGAUGUGAGUUGUCCAAAGCCCUAUUGAAAUCUGCAUUUGCUAUAUCUGCAGCAUCCACCUACAUGGUACUCCUGCAAAAAAGAAAGAUACUGUGUAAAUCUGGUACUCUCUUUUUAACCUCUAAAUCACGAAAUUUCAUUUAGUGCUGAUUAAGCUUAUUGGCCUGUAAUUUUCAACUCCAUUUUCUGUCCUGUGAAAAUUCAGCACUGCUUGCCCUUUUAGGACUUCUGGCACUUUGCCUUAUUUUCCCAGAUAUCCAAGGGAGGAACUCAAUGGGUUUUCACUCUCGUCUUGUUUAAACUUUACAUCCAGUUUGGCAGAUGAUAUGCCCAUUUCUUGUAUCCUGUAAUUCAUGCUGCCAGAUUUUUGGCAUCAGGAUCACAAUCCUACUCAUCUGAAACCCACUUAGUUGGUGCUUUUCUGCCAUAUUCCACUUUCUUGUGAUAUUUAGAAAUGUCUUGUUAGCCUGUUUCCAUAGAGAAUGGUAAGAGCCCUCAAGUAGAGGCCACACCUAAAAUAAAGCUUGAUAAUGGAAUGUAUUGUUUUCCUUCGGUUACUCUCCUCUCCCUUUUCUAUCCCUUUCCCUGUUUUCCUCCCUGCUCUGCACCUGCCCCCCGCUCCACCAACGAGAGGAAAUUAA